AUGUCGCCGGAGCUUACGCCAGACGGCGCGGUAGCUGCCCUCGGUACGGCGGCGUCGCAGGAGAACGCGGAGGAGUGCGCGGCGGUGCUGGCGCGGCUGGGCCGGUCCGCGGACAGCCUUCCCGCGGACCUGGCGGACGCGAUUGCGCGCGGGCGCGUCCCCGGGGCGGUGGUGGAGCGAUAUGCGGAGAUGGAGAACACAGUGGUGCUGGGGUAUUUGAUGCGGUUCGGCGGGUUCAAGGAGCGGUUGCUGGCAGACGAUCUGUUCAUGACCAAGGUGGCGAUCGAGUGCGGCAUUGGGAUCUGCACCAAGACCUCGGCGGAGUUGGAGAGGCGGCGAGGGGCCUUCUUCCCCGAGUUCGACUUCGUCAUCGCUGACGUGAUCAUGGCGCUGAUAGCGGACUUCAUGCUCGUGUGGCUGCCCGCGCCCACCAUCCCUCUGCACCCCGCGCUCGCCAAGGAGGCCACGGCCCUGCAAAAGUUUCUCGACACCUGCCCGGAUAACGCGUUCCAGGUGCCUGUGCGUGGCACGGAGUACACUCUCCUGCAGCGAUUCAUGGCUGUGCUGAGGAACGGAGCGAAGCUCAUGGUUGUCGGGACGACUGCAUCCCUGUUUGGCUGUGGCAUGACCAACGCUCUCCAAUGGGUGCGCAGGGAGCUUGCUGCUCCCCCGGCUGCUGCUGCAGCCACAAUCCCCUCCCUAGACCUCACAGCCGCUGCCUCUUUCCCUCUAGACUCUUCGGCUGAACUGGCUGCUACGUUGAACCCAGCUGCUGCCAUUGACGCCGCCACGACUGCUGCCUUGGUAUUGGACCCGUCGGUCGCUGCUGAUGUGGCAGCUGCUGUGUCGGCGUCGGCUGCUGAUGUGGCGGCUGCGCUGGCCACGGCUGCUGAGGUGGCAACUGCAGCUGCGGGGACCAUUCCACCGGAUCUGGAGGUGCCUAUUCUCGCUACGAGCUUGGCUUAUGGGUCCUAUGCAGCGAUUUCUGCAAACCUAAGGUGGGAUGUGAUGGAGGGAAGGGGUCAACAUCCUCAAGGGUGUGCUGUUGAUGCAGGUUUCAUCGGAAGCAACCUCGUCAAGCUUCUGCUGGAUCGCGGGUAUCAUGUUCGCGGAACAGUUAGGGACGCGACCAAUGAGGACAAGACGUCAUGGAUUCGCGAUCUCGCAGAGGGCACUCCAGGCAAACUUGAGCUCUUUUCGGCCGACCUGGGCAAGCCUGGGAGCUUCGACGAAGCCGUUGAAGGAUGCGAGUUUGUGUGCCACGUCGCCUCUCUUGUUCGUAUGAGUGUGCCAAAUCCACAAUCUGUUGUGGAUGCAGCCCUGGAGGGCACGAGAAAUGUAUUCUCUUCCAUUCUCAAGCACAAAACUGCCAAAAAGGUGGUGGUCACCUCAUCUGUAGCAGCAAUUAUUGACUACGUAAACAACAAGGACCAUUUGCUGCAAGGAGAAGGCACAAUACGGGAGAACAGCACAUUCCUGGCCAUGGUCCGCAUGGACAUGGGCACAGAGGUCACUGGCCAUGGGGACAUGGGCACAGAGGUCACUGGCCAUGGGGACAUGGGCACAGAGGUCACUGGCCAUGGGGACAUGGGCACAGAGGUCACUGGCCAUGGGGACAUGGGCACAGAGGUCACUGGCCAUGGGGACAUGGGCACAGAGGUCACUGGCCAUGGGGACAUGGGCACAGAGGUCACUGGCCAUGGGGACAUGGGCACAGAGGUCACUGGCCAUGGGGACAUGGGCACAGAGGUCACUGGACAUGGGGACAUGGGCACAGAGGUCACGGUCAACUGGGAAACCUGCAUGUGGGCAGAGCGGGAUGUGCAGAGUAUAAGCAAGGGUGUUGUGUGCAGUAGAACUUGUCGAAACAUGGCUGUUGCCAGGAGUGGCAAUCUGAGAGGAAGGGUGGCCAUCCCAGAGGAAGACGAGGAAUAUUAA